AUGACCUCCUUUGCUCCCACAGUGAAGAUCUGCGAGAACCUGUCGCAGAUGAGUUUCGCCGCGCGCGAGGUCAUUCUCGCCGCGAUCGAUGCGCGAGUAGACAAGUCUGUGCCCGUCGUGCUGGCACUGUCUGGAGGUUCCACCCCUAAGCGUUUGUACGAGGAACUCCACGAAAAGGACCUGGCGUUGCUGCAGCAACACGCUGUACAGUUCAUCCUUGGUGAUGAGCGCCUUCUUUCGGAAGACGACGAGCAGAGCAACUUUUCCAUGGCUACAAAGGCACUGCUGCGUGAUGUGCCAAGCAGUGAUGUCAUCUCAAUUGACCGCCGCGCCGCGCUGGCCACCUCGAAAGACGAGAAGGGCGGCCUUGACGGCGCGUGGGCAGUCGCACAGGAUUACGAGGCGAAGCUGCUGAAUUGCUUGCCAUGCAAGCAAAUAAACGGUACGGCGAAGUCUGUUCCUGUGGUGGAUAUUGUGCUUCUCGGAUUCGGCUCUGAUGGCCACACUGCCUCCAUUUUUCCAGACUCUGUGGCGGCCACGGACGAAGAGCACGUUGUCUCGGUCAGCUUCCCCAGCCCAACCAUGAGCCCCAAGGUCUGGCGUGUCACUCUCUCCAAGACUGUGAUUCAGCACGCGAAGCAUGUGGUCGUACUCGCCGCCGGCAAGGAUAAGAACUGGGUCGUGCGCGGUGUGCUCUCUGAGUCCCCGACCGAUCCUUUGCCCGUCUCGCGGUUUUUGAGAGACUGCCGCGGGUCGGUGACGCUGCUCCUUGACCCCGGAGCGGGCGAGGGCGUCUGUGCGUAG